AUGAAGGCUCAGGACCAGCACAGCCAGGAUGCCGCUGGCUUCCUCAGCCUAGGAGUGGAGGAAGAUGGGGGAGAACUGCGUGAAGUGACGUCUGCGGGUAUCUUGCUGAUCGGAGAGGGAGAAGAGGAAAAGGGUACACAGCCCGAACCUGAGCAGGGAGCAGCAUCCGCAGAAGGAAAAGAGGUAGGAGCUGAAGAAGAAGCCAAAGAAGGCAGCCAUGGUGGCCCAGGCGGCCUAGGCACCCCGGGCCCCAUGUACGACGAAUACCAGGAGGGCAGUGGCGAUAGUGACGAAGAACCAGUAGAGCAAGAGCAGGAGGAACAGCUCCUCCUGGCCGACGUCCAGCACCCACUGCCAGGGGACCAGCAGCAGUUGGCCCAGCGUACCAUGUUCACUGAGGUGCAGAUGCAGGAGCUAGAGCACAUUUUCCAACACAACCCCUAUCCCGGCUUCCUGCUGAGACAGGACAUUGCCAGACGAAUGAAUGUGCCUGAAGCCAGAGUGCAGGUUUGGUAUAAGAAUAGGAGGAGACGACAGAGGGCAUUUACGUUGAGAAAUGUGCAUCGCGUGGCCCUGGGCAACCGUGUCGGCAUUAAUUUGGGUGUACCCCACAUUACCAUCAUUAAUCCGCAGCCUGUUUGGAUAUGGUAUCUGCAGCCGGCUUGGAUAUGGUAUCCUCCGCCACUGCCGUUGGGGCUGCUGCUGCCACCCAUGCUACCCUUUCCUCCUCGGAUUUUGCCUCCUCCACCGCCCUUGUUUUUUCCACCUAUGCUUCCUGGUGGCCCCCACCGACGUGUCUGGGCCUGGCAUUUUUCCGUGUUCUAUCCGUGA